CACGCACUCUCGUGCAAUCAGAAGACGCGUUCUUAUAAACCAACAUGGCGGCGUUGGGGUGAAGGGAAUUGUAAACGAACAAAAACCUGAUUCAUUUACUGCAUAAACUUGACUAUUUUGUGAGUUUAAAAAACAGACAGAAUGAAGGUGGUGAAUCUGAAGCAGGCUAUCCUGCAGGCGUGGAAGGAGCGCUGGAGUGAUUAUCAAUGGGCCAUUAACAUCAAGAAGAACUGUCCUAAAGGAGCCACAUGGGACUACCUCAAUCUCGCAGAAGCUCUCCUGGAGCAGGCUAUGAUUGGUCCAUCACCUAACCCUCUAAUCCUGUCCUACCUGAAGUAUGCCAUCAGUUCACAGAUGGUGUCAUAUUCUAGUGUGCUGACUGCAAUCAGCAAGUUUGAUGAUUUUUCACGGGAACUGUGUAUCAAAUCAUUGCUCGAGAUCAUGGAUAUGUUCUCCAACCGACUCAGCUGCCAUGGAAAGGCAGAGGAGUGUAUUGGGCUGUGCCGUGCCAUGCUGUAUACCGUAGUUUGGCUCCUGCAGGGCUGUGCGUGGUACUGUGAGAGACUGCGGGAGUCCGGGGGUCCGCCUGCGUUAGAAAACAGUCUGAGAGCCUGCCUGGAGCGCUUGACCAAUCUGUUACACAGCACCAAGAACAGAGCCCUGGUGCACAUCGCACGCCUGGAGGAACAAGCAUCCUGGACCAAUGUAGAGCAAGCUUUGCUGAAGUUGUCAGAAAAUCUCAAUGCUGUGACCAAUCAGACGCUGAAGGAAAAUCUUGAAGAGUGUGUUUCAUUGGUCAAGAGCUGUGACUGCUUGAGUCUGUUACUGCAGGAGUGUAAUAAACUGGGCCUGCUGUCUGAGGCAAACACCGCCAAUCUUACUGCAAAACGGAGUGAGGACAGAGAGCAUGCACCCAGACUGAAGACAGCCGAGAACGCCAAUAUUCAGCCCAACCCAGGCCUCAUCCUGAGAGCUGAACCAACUGUCACCAACAUCCUCAAGACAGUGGAUGCGGAUCAUUCUAAGUCUCCUGAGGGACUGCUGGGAGUUUUGGGUCACAUGCUCUCAGGAAAGAGUCUUGAUUUGCUACUGGCUGCUGCCGCAGCGACCGGAAAACUCAAGUCUUUUGCUCGCAAAUUCAUCAAGCUGAAUGAGUUUCCAAAACACAUCAGUGGAGAAGGAUCAAAAUCUGCGUCAGUGCGAGCUCUGCUGUUCGACAUUUCCUUCCUCAUGCUGUGUCAUGUCGUGCAGACCUAUGGGUCAGAGGUGAUUCUUUCGGACCCCAGCCCAUCGAGCGAGACACCCUUCUUUGAGACGUGGUUGCAGACAUGCAUGCCAGAGGAAGGGAAGACCCUGAAUCCAGACCACCCUUGCUUCAGACCUGAGUCUGGGAAGGUGGAGAGUCUGGUGGCCCUGCUUAAUUCUUCCUCUGAGAUGAAGCUUGUUCAGAUGAAAUGGCAUGAAAUAUGUCUCAGUACACCAGCAGCUAUACUGGAGGUUCUGAAUGCCUGGGAGAAUGGAGUUUUAUCAGUGGAGGCUGUUCAGAAGAUCACAGAUAACAUCAAAGGGAAGGUGUGCAGUAUGGCCAUCUGUGCGGUGGCAUGGCUGGUGGCACACGUUCGGAUGCUGGGUUUGGAUGAGAGAGAAAAACCUCAGACUAUGAUUCGUCAACUCAUGACCCCUAUGUCAGGAGAAAACACUUUGCAGUUCUACCAUGAGCGUGUGGUUAUCAUGAGCUCUAUCUUGGAGCACAUGUGUGCUGAUGUAUUUCAGCAGACAGGACUCUCCCUGCGGCCAGCAGUCGAGGGUCAGGAGCCCAUUCCCUACCGGAACCUUCUCCCAGCCCGUCAGCCCAUCCGCCAGGCUCUGCAGACUCAAUUUAGGGAGGUUCUGGAGAAGGGCUGGGUGGACUCCCAUGCAUUCCAUCUCUUUGAGUACCUGCUACAUAUGGGAGGAGUGUUCUGGUUUACUAACAACCUGGUGAAGGAGCUCCUGAAGGAAACCCGUAAGGAGUGGGCAUCUCGUGUGGUUGAGUUGCUGUACAGUAUCUUCUGCCUGGACACGCAACAGAUCACCCUCACCCUGCUGGGUCACAUUCUGCCACGUCUCCUCACUGACCCUGCCCACUGGCACAGCCUGGCAGACCCUCCAGGAAGAGCCCUUGCAAAGUUGUCAGUGUGGUGUGCUCUUAGUUCUUACUCAUCUCACCAUAAGGGUCAAGCAUCAGCACGACAGCGCAAGAGACAACGCGAGGAUAUAGAGGAUUACACCAGCCUUUUUCCUUUGGACGACACGCAACCAUCUAAACUGAUGCGUCUGCUCAGCUCCAAUGAGGAUGAGACUGUCAUGCUGUCCAGUCCAGGUGACCGUUCCAUGAGCAGUUCACUGUCUGCCUCUCAGCUUCACACCGUCAACAUGAGAGACCCUCUCAACAGAGUGCUAGCAAAUCUGUUCCUGUUGAUUUCCUCUCUCUUGGGGUCCAAGACAGCAGGUCCUCACACACAGUUUGUUCAGAGCUUUAUCGAGGAGUGUGUGGAGUGCUCAGAGCAAGGCAGCCGGGGCAGCAUCUUGCAAUUUAUGCCCUUUACCAUGAUUUCAGAACUGGUGAAGCUUCAGGCACUGGCAAAACCCAAAACUGUGCUGUCCAUCACAGACCUGAGCCUUCCACUGGGCCGGAGAAUGGCAGCUAAAGCCAUCGCUGCUCUGUAGAGGACAUUCACUCCAACGCGCCUCGAAGAAGACGUAGUUUUGGUAGGUGUGCGACAGAGGAAACCGCUUCAACCUCCCUCCCCAGGAGAGAACAGACGUUUUUCCUCAUUAUUUACAUAUGAUUCCUGUAACUGCUGGUGGGUUUUGGUGUUGCUUUCACAUCUGACGUCUUGAGGACAGCUCAGUGUUAGUUCUGAUUUGACAUACGUGGGCAUACCUGUGAACUGAAACAGUCACUGACUGCUGACUGCUCACAUUAAUUUGCCAUUUAUUUCCAUCAAUCAUAAGUAAACAGAAAGUAAAAUUGUGGUAUGUUUGUUUUUUUUAUGUAUAUAUACGUUGUCAAAGUUCAUGUAGUAUUGUGUGUUCACUACUUUUUGCGUGUUUUUAUAAACAAUGCCAAAGGGAUUUGAAUUUCCUACGAAAUAUGAAA